UCACAGCUGGCUGCAGAAGAAUGAGGGACACCAGCACAGGUGGCUGAGCCUCUGCUCCCCCUGCCUCAGCCAUGCACCUCUGCGGGGGAGAUGGGCUGCUGACCGGGAAAGAUCCUGAGGAGCAUCAAAGGCAGCUGAAGAAGAAACAGAAGAACCGGAUGGCCGCCCAGUGCAGCCGACAGAAGCACACGGACAAGGCAGAUGCCCUGCACCAGCAACACGAAUCCCUGGAAAAACAAAACCACGCCCUGCGGAAGGAGAUCCAGGCCCUGCAAGCGGAGCUGGCCUGGUGGAGCCAGACCCUGCAUAUGCAUGAGCGCUCCUGCUUGGCUCCAGGGUCCCCCAGCUGCUGGGUCCAAGCAGAGAGGCCGAACAUCCUCACCCCCCAGAGACAACAGGGCUGCCAGGAGCAGCCUGGCCUGUUCCAGACUCCAGUCUGCUCUCCCCUAGCUCAGCAACUCUCUCCAGGUCCACAGCCUCCUGGUUCCCCUGGCCUCCUCACAUCCCCUAUGUCCUUGCUGUCACUGUCCCCCGCUACAGUUACUAUACCUCCUACCCAAUUGCCCUGCACCCCUGUCCUGACUGCCACUGGCUCCAGCCUACCAGGGUCUUUCUCUAAGCUCGGUGCCCUCCUACCCAGCCCCACAGUCCAACCCGCCCCCCUACAGCCCAUCGAGCUGGAGCACUCCAUUGAGGGCAGGCUGGGGUACUCUCCCUGCAACCCUUCAGGUGCUCUGAGACUUGCAGGUCAGCAGAGCAGGGAGCACAAGCUUGCUUUCUCUGAAGCAGACUGGCAGGGACUGGGUGUGGAUUCCAGCCCCCACCCUCUCCUGGCCUUCCCUCUGCUCUCCUCUGCUCAAGUCCACUUCUAACCUGGUCCCUGGAGCUGGGAUGGCCCUUCCCUUGGGCUCUGGAAGGAGCCUCAGCACACUGGCAUUUUCCUCAUGGCUCCUAGAGGCUGCUCUUCGAGGCUGAGCAGCUGGGCUGGAUUGAACAGUGGAAAAGGAAGCCGUCCCUGAGUGCCUGCUAUUGUGGCAGACAGUGUCACUGCCACGACUGAUUUCAACCUCACAGUCACCGUACAAAAUUGAGAUUAUCACUUUUUUUCAGUUAAGGAAACAGAGACCCAGAGAACUCCAAAGUCACACAGCCUUUCUUGGGACCUGAAACACCAUUGUCUGCUCCUCCCUCUCGGUGCCCCAGCAACUGAAGUCCUGGGAACUGAGGGCUGGUGUGAGGAGAUUUACAUGCUGGGAGUAGAGGUGGCCUCUCCCCAGUGCAGUCCUAGAAACCCCGCCCUUGCGGAGGCCAGUCCAGAGAUCAAGCCUGGGCAGGCAGAGACCAAGCAGAAGCCCUAAAGCAGCCUCUUUCUUCCCCAAGCAGUGUUUGCAGUGCCAAGAAAUUGAACCUAUGGGUAGGAUUUGGGGAGAGUCGUGGAAAAGAUGCUUCUGGGAUUUCUGCAGGCUGUGUACUCACAGCCAUUUAAGGCUUCUGGUAGGUUCUGCAGGGUCAGAUCCCCAGGCUAUUCCCAAAUUUUUCCUGCCUCCCACUGCCGCUAAGGCUAUGGUGGGAAAACCAUUAAUCUCACACGCCAGAGUAAGACGGAACAAUGAGGGAAGAGCAGCAGGACUUGCACCCGGCAGCAGGGAGGCCUGUGUCUUCUCUGGCAGCACCCCAUCCCUGGCUCUCCUUACCCCUGGGCCCCACCUACACAGCUCCCUCUGCUCUUUGGACUGGGUUGAUGGCAGCCAAAGAGCAGAGCCUAGGACCAGAUGGGAUCUCAGCAGUGGUGUUUGGUCCAAGAGGGUUUCUCACUGAGACUCCAGGCCGAGCAUUCUAAGGGGACCUGAGGUGAGAAACCUCAGCUCUUCACUCAGCUUUUCAUACACAGGAAAGCAAGACACUAUUAGUAUUUAAUACACUCCUGGGUGCUGAACACAAGUCUUGGCACAUAAGUGGUGGCAAAUAAAGUGUUUUCCA